CACGUUGUCUUUGUAACGCCCGUGAUCCUCCCAUCUAUAUCGAUCAUUACAAGCGUAAAAACUGACAGUGAUGGUAAAGUAUUCCGUCUUCCCUCUUUUUUUCCUUACCCUAAUGUUUAUUGGGGUUUUGCUUGCUUCAAAUGGUUGCAAGUUUCCCGGUGAACUGGAGAAUGAGCACAAAAGCCUAAAAGACAAGUUUAUGGAGCUAAAGGGUGACUUGGAGGACACCCGUUCGGCAAUAAGGGCAAAGGAAGAGAAAAACCAGUUGACGAAAGAAGUACUUCUGGAAAAGAUGCAGACAAUUCUCAACGAAAUUACAGCCUUGGAAAAUGAUAUCCUACUGUUCAUGGAUAAACUGGAUAAUUUCUGUGAUAGCUGCCCAACGGACCGUUGCCAAUUUAUUUCAGGUCGAAAUAGCAACCGACUGGAGCGGUUGAAGAAAGUUGGUGGCAUGAUGAAGGAGCGAUACGAUAAAAUUGAAGCCGAGGAACCUGCUAAGGCGUUAUUGACCGCAAGGCAUUAUACAGGUGGAAAAGACUAUCUUGGUGCUCUUGGAUGAAUAAAACAAAUGAUAUCUUUGGAUCUGAUGGCACUUUUGCUUCUUAGCUGUGUGCUACGUUUUUGCUUCAUGAUC